CGAAGCUCAUGAUAGCAUCUAUCCAUCAAGUCCCUUCACCUGGCCCUUAUCGCCGUCUUGCGCACUCCUCUCACCUCUUUUACUCUUUGCGCCUUGUAUAAUACUCGAGUAAGAGAAAAAGGGGACGAGAGAGAGGAGAGCAAGCCAGCAAGUGUUAAGGCGCCUUUAUCUUUCCCAUCAUUUGUAUUAACAGCUCUACUCUGCCGGAAACAGAGGCAGUUCUUGCUCUACAUUCCGCAUUCCCAUUCCCAUUCUCAUUCCCAUCAGCAUCAACAUCGACUCCUCGGUGUAUUAUUUUCUUUUGUCUCUUGUCUUUCUUUGUGAUACCCAGUUGCGCACUAAUCACCCCACGGUUUCCGAUAUCAUCAACAACAACAAUGGAAGCCCUUCUUUCCCUCGCCUUCGACAACCUCUCCUCUUACGACGGGCCCAAGAUCCGCAAGGGCCUGCGCCAAGUCGAGGGCCUCCUCGCCCAGAUAUGUCUCUCCGCCCCGGCGCGCUCUUCCUCCUCCUCCCCGACGAAAGCGCACCAUCAUCACAAGCGCUCGGACAGCAAGCUUUCCUCCGUCGGCGAUCCGAACGACGGCGACCGACGGAAUGGCGGCGCCGAAACGGACGACAACGACGACGAAGACAGCCGCGGCAGGCGCAAGUCCCUAAGCGAGCUCUCUGACGAUCCGGCCUUUCGGGAGUUCUUCAAGCUUCAGGAGGGGUUCGAGUGGAAUGUCGCCUUGCGCCUCAUCAACACCCUCGACCGCCUCAUGGCUAAGAGCGCAGACGGGCAGAACGAUCUCCUCAUCCUCGGCGCUCUCGACACCAUCCAAGGUGUCCUCCUCCUUCACCCGCCGAGCAAGACUCUCUUCUCGAGAGAGCAGAACAUGAAUCUCCUCCUCGACCUCCUCGAACCCGUCAACUGCCCCGCCAUCCAAUCCGCGACCCUCCUCACCCUCGUCGUGGCCCUCAUCGACGCCCCCUCCAACACCCGCACCUUCGAGGCCCUCGACGGCCUCCUCACCGUCACCUCCCUCUUCAAAUCCCGCUCCACCCCGCGCGACGUCAAGCUCAAGCUCGUCGAGUUCCUCUACUUCUACCUCAUGCCCGAGGUCCCUUCCAUCCCGCGCGCCGACGCCCGCGCCUCCGUCCCCGCCAUGCUCCAACGCAGCCCCAGCAAACUCGCCGGCGCCUUCCGCAGCAACGCCUCCCGUCCUGGUCCCGGCCCUCACCUUCCUCCCGCCUCUUCCGCCGCCGCCGGAGGCAGGCCCCGCGCCGGAAGCGAGAGCGAGAACACCCUCACUACCGAGGAGAAGCAGGAGCUCCUCGGCCGGCACCUCAGCAGUGUUGAGGACCUGGUCAGGGAUUUGCGCACUUGUACUCCAUUUGGGGGUGUUCUGUGAGAUGAUGAAGAGAAAGUAGAAGGAUGGUGGGCAGAGGUGCGGCUGGGGAGCUGGGUCCGUCCCCCUUUUUCUUUUCGGUGUUUAUGUCACCCCUCUCUUUGCUGUGGUGGCUUUACAUCUGCUCCUACAUUUCCGUUCCAUGGCGUUUAGGAUGGUAUCGGCGGGGGGGGGGUCGUCUUGUCUCUGCGGUCGGUCGGAUUGUAACAACUUGGACGGAACAGGCUCGGAGUUUUGUUUGUUUGUAUUCAAAAGGAGAAAGAGUCCGGAUCUUGCCCGCAGCUUGUUUGUCGAGGCGAGUAUAAUAUCAUCUAUUUUGACCUCUCUUUUCUUUCUCUUGACCUUGGGUUGUCACAUAUGCCCCCUCAGGGUCUUAUCCGGCACAUGGGCUUUGCGAAGACCUGCUGUCGGCUCACUGGCAUAUUCUUAAAGGAUUUGCCGAGAGAAGAGAAGAAUAAAAUAAG